CCUAGGGACGAGGAGGCUUCGACGGAGAUGGCUCCGAAGAAGUUGCGGAUUCGUGGGGAAGCGCAGGUUCCCGAUGAGAGUAAGGAACCUGCUACGGAGGAUGAGAAGUGGCUCCUUGUCCCAGGAAAGAUAGAGAAUUUCACAUACACGGGGAAGAAUGUCCGCGUGCCAGGGAGUCUGAUUGGAGCUGCUAUUAGGAAGUACUGGCCGGGGAUGUACACUCCGGUCCUUGGGGGCGAGUCCAAGCUAGCCUACACUUGGGAAGACUUUGAGAUAGCGCCUUACCCUGGCUUUACUUCCGCCGCCGACGCCGUGAUCAAGAAGUUUUGGGUACGUAAUGCAUACUCUUUGGGUUUCGUUCAUAUGUAGUUGAUAACCCCA